GCAGCAGUCACAGACAGAGAACAAAAAGCACCAGAUAUGUUGAUCAGAGGUGAUUGUGAUUCGACGCGGACAGUUUCCACGUUCAGAACUUCGCAGAAAGUCGACAUGAAAGGCAUCUCGGUCCGAGAUAUGCCGGGUAACAGGCGCGUACAAGAGGGAACAAGUGCCGCUCCAGUGAGGAUCCGUUUUGCGCUCCUCCCACUUCUUGCUGCUCCUCCAGACUUCGCUUCUUGUACAUAUCACUUCACUUACUCCUCAAUACGCCCUCGACACAAUGCCCGAACGAGCAGCUCUCCUCAUCGGUCGCCUUGCUCACACACGAAAAGAGUGGGAGGAAAUCUCACAGGUUGCUUCGAAGCUCCACGAGUACCCUGAGGGCGACCGCGCAGACUUCAUCAGGAGGUGCAAGGAUGGCGAGUUCGACGGCGUGUUUGCUCUGUACCGUAGCAACGACUCCAACCCAUUGACCGGAGAUUUCAACGAUGAGCUUCUGGAAGUGCUGCCAAAGAGCUUGAAGUUUGUCUGCCAUAACGGUGCAGGGUACAACAACAUCGACAUAGCAGCCUGCAUCAAGAGGGGCAUCCAGGUCUCAAGCACACCAAUCGCAGUCAACGACGCAACUGCUGACGUAGCAAUCUUCCUGAUGCUGGGCGCUCUCCGCAAUAUCCACCCGUCCUACUCGGCGGUACGACAAGGCAAAUGGCGCGGCAAAUUCGCUCUCGGUCACGACCCCAAGAACAAGACGCUCGGUAUCCUGGGCAUGGGCGGUAUCGGUUCGGCGGUCGCAACUCGCGCGAAAGCGUUUGGCAUGAAGAUCCAGUACCACAACCGCAAACGACUGCCUCCUAAUGAGGAGAACGGCGCGACAUACGUCACCUUCGAGGAGCUGCUCAAGACAUCAGACGUGCUGAGUCUGAACCUGGCGCUCAACCCACAGACAAAGCACAUCAUCGGCAAGCCCGAGUUCGACCAAAUGAAGGACGGCGUCAUAAUAGUGAACACCGCGAGAGGAGCUCUGAUUGAUGAGGCAGCGUUGGUCGAUGCGCUGAAGAGCGGCAAGGUCUGGACAGUCGGGUUGGACGUCUUCGAAGAGGAGCCAACGAUCCAUCCAGGGCUGCUGGAGUGCGAGAACGCGGUGCUGCUGCCGCACGUUGGAACAGCAACAUUUGAAACUCAGCGCGACAUGGAGCUGCUGGUGUUGGACAACUUGACAUCAGCGAUCAAGCACGAGAAGCUGAUCACGCAAGUGCCGGAGCAGAAGGACAAGGCAAAUUUGUGAUCCGUCAUUGCUGCUCCAGAUCCCGCUUUUUCAGCAAGGGUGAGCGAGUGCAUCGAAUCCAUGUCAUGACCAUACAUAGAUCAAUGAAGCAUUU